UCCAGCACUAAAGGACCUCCACCAAGGGCUGCUCACCUGCCCUGGGGACUAGAACACACAUGACUCGCCCCCCUUGAGCUCAGGAUCCUGGCAGUACGCGGGGCACACUGAGCCCCCGAUGUCCCUGACCGCUUGCCAGCACCUUCCGGCCUUGCAGAAGCAGCCACCAUGCCAGUCUCUAAAUGUCCAAAAAAGUCGGAGCCACUGUGGAAGGGGUGGGACCGGAAGGCCCAGAAGAACGGACUGAGGCAUCAGGUGUUCGCUGUGAACGGUGACCACUAUGUGGGCGAGUGGAAGGACAACAUGAAACAUGGGAAAGGAACACAGGUCUGGAAGAAGAAAGGAGCCAUCUAUGAGGGAGACUGGAAGUUUGGGAAGCGGGAUGGCUAUGGCACACUCAGCCUUCCUGACCCAGAGACCGGAAAGUACAAGAGAGUCUACUCAGGGUGGUGGAAAGAUGAUAAGAAAUCGGUGAGUGGUUCCCAGCAUGCCCUGGGCAUGGGCGGAGUUGGCAGCCAGGCUCUGUGUGUGUCUCACACAUCCCUCCCUGUCCUCCCCAAACCAGAGAACGGAAACCGCUAUGAGGGCUACUGGGAGCGAGGCUUGAAGAACGGGUCGGGACGUUUCUUCCACCUGGACCACGGGCAGCUGUUUGAAGGCUUCUGGGUGGACAACGUGGCCAAAUGUGGCACGAUGGUCGACUUUGGCCGUGACGAGGCCCCUGAGCCCACCCACUUCCCCAUUCCUAAGGUCAAAAUUCUAGACCCUGACGGUGUGCUGCAGGAAGCCUUGGCCAUGUUCAAGAAGACAGAGGAAGAAGGAGAUUGA